CAAGAAACCAUCUGCCACAAGCGUUGUCGGCGGGUCCCCCAGAGUACGAGCGGCGCCGCGACUCCGCCCUUCCCCGUGCCUUCCAGCUUGACCGCCGCCACGAGAGCCACGUUGAUGGACCCCAAGUUUGCGGACGACGACCUUCUAUUUAACACUUCGAUGGGGGGCAACGGGACAAACCCGAACGUGAACCUCUUUGGGAACGCCUUCUCGAUGCCAUCGGCGCCGGCGAAUCCGCCGGCCAAUAUGAUGAACCCCGCGCUGUACAACUCGAUGAGCAUGCAGAGCAUGAUGGCCAUGGGCUCCAACUCGAUGCCGAUGAUGUACAACGCGAUGACGAACAGCAACAGCAGCGCCUCGAACGACGACGCCGCGAUCCAGUUCCCAGCCGAGCUCAUGACGACGUCGCCAAGCCGGAACCCGGCGACGGGCCAAGCGCCGGCCAACAUGGCGGGCCUCAACGCGAUGGCCGACCCGAUGAUGCAGAUGAACCAAAUGGGCAUGAACCCGAUGAUGGGCGGCGGCAUGCCCAACAUGUACGGCAUGGCGCCCAACAUGCCGCCGAACCUGUACAUGAUGCCGCCCCAGCAGCAGCAGCAGUACCUCUGGCAGCAGCAGCAACAGUACCUCCAGAUGAUGCAAGCCAACAUGAUGAUGCAGCAGCAGCACCAGCACCAACAGCAGGCCGGCAUGAUGCACAAUCAAGCGCCCGCCGGGCACCUCGCGCAGCACAGCGCGAUGCCGAUGCCGAUGACGACGUGGCAGACGACGGCCGACAAUGCGAUGCGGAAGGAAGUCAUUACGCGCAUCGUCCAGUUUCUGCAGAUGCAAAAGCCCAACGCGCCGCAGGACUGGAUGAAGCGGCUGCCACAGAUGGCCAAGAAGCUCGAAGAGGCUUUGUACCGCAAGGCAACGUCGAAAGCCGAGUACAACGACAUGAGCACGCUCCAGUCGCGCCUCCACGUUGUCGCGCAAGAGUUCAAGACCAAGACGACGAUGGCCAACAACAGCAACGCGGCGACGCCCAAGCCCGCGGGCGAGUGGCGCUCGCAAGAGGACAACCCGCUCCGACAAGACCUCAUUGGGCGCAUCGUCAACCUCCUCAAGGCGCAGAACCCGUCCGCGACGCCCGAGUGGAUUGGCCGCCUUCCGCACAUGGCCAAGAAGCUCGAAGAUAUGCUGUAUCAAAAGGCGGCGUCCAAGGCCGAGUACGGCGACCUCUCGCGGCUCAAGGAGCGGCUUCAGGAAGUCGCGACCGAGAUCCACAAGACCAACCACCAGCAAGCCAAGGAGAAGACGCCGACCGCCAACAACGGCAACAACAACGGCAACACGAAUGGCAUGCCACCGACAAACGUCGGGCCGGUCGCCAACCCAGUGCCGACAGCGUCUGCGGCGCCGGCCAAGGACGGCUCGUCGUCCUUCACCGACAUUGCCAAGACGAUUGCGUCGUACUUGUCGCCGCGCACGAUCGGCGAGUACAACCAGAAGGUGCUCUCGAUGAUGAUGAACCUGGACCAGAACCGGCUCGUCUUGCAGCGCCAGCACAUGCGGCUCAUGCAGCUCAAGCACGCGAGCGAGUGCAAGCUGCCGUCCGACAAGUGCCAGCACCCGGCGUGCGCCGACAUGAAGCUCCUUUGGGGCCAUCUCCAGAGCUGCCACAAGAGUGAGCUCUGCAAAGCGCCGCACUGCCUCAGCUCCAAGUACGUCCUCGCGCACUACCAGCAGUGCAGCACGCCGACGUGUGUCGUGUGCCGGGCGCCGGACAACAACGCUGCCACCACGCCACCGCAACCGAUGGGGCCGCCCUCGAUCAUCACCACGCAGCCGCCGUACGCCUUCCAGAACCAAGCGCGGGGCAUUGCGUCGACGCUGCCCGAGAAGGCGGUGCAAGAGUACCACCAGAAGGUCGAGUUUAUGCUGAACGACAAGACCAAGGAGCACCACCAGUCGAUUUUGCUGCGGCAGCAGCAGCGGCUCAUGCAGCUCAGGCACGCGAGCGAGUGCCAGCUCGAGCACAACUGCCCAACGCCGGCAUGCCACGAGAUGAAGCCGCUGUGGCGCCACCUCCAGAGCUGUCGGCAGACGGAGAACUGCCCGACCGCGCACUGCCUCAGCUCCAAGUAUGUACUUGCGCACUUUCAACAGUGCAUGAAGCAGCAGUGCGCCGUGUGCCAGCCCGUACGUCUCGCGCAGCAACAGCAGCAGCACGCGCAGCAGCAUGCGCAGAAGCAGCAAGCCCACUUUCAACAACAGUACCAACAGCAGCUCCAGCAGCAAAUGCACAGCCAGCAGCAGCACCAACAGCAGCAGCACAUGCAGCAGCAGCACGCCCAGGCCCAAGCUCAGGCCCAGGCCCAAGCCCAAGCCCAAGCCCAUCAUCAGCAUCAGCAGCAGCAGCAACAACAACAUCACCAGCAAGCGCAGGCUCAAGCACAAGCACACGCGCAGGCUCAAGCCCAAGCACACGCACAAGCGCAGGCAUCAGCGCAGGCUUCGGCGCCGGUCAAGGACGAGCCGGCGAGCGGGAGUGCCACGAGCAAGGAGCGCAUCCGUCAGUUCACGGACAAGGCCAAGGCGAUCGCGUCGAUGCUGACGGCCAAGACGACGCAGGACUACCACACCAAGGUCGUUGGCAUGAUGCAGCCGCGCAAUGUGCUCCAGAACCAGACGAUCCUCGAACGGCAGCAGCAGCGCCUCUUGCACCUGCGCCACGCGCUCUUUUGCACGCUUGACAAGUGCAAUGCCGCCCACUGCGCCGAGAUGAAGAAGCUCUGGGCGCACAUCAACCAGUGCAAGAAGAGCGACGCGUGCGCGUUUGCCCACUGCCUCAGCUCCAAGUAUGUGCUGAGCCACUUUCAGCAGUGCACGAACCUCACGUGCGUCGUGUGCGAGCUCGUGCGCAACCCCGUCGAGAUGGACAAGCUCGUGGCCGAAGAGGCGCGGGAGCAGGCACCCCCACCGUCGUCGUCGUCGUCGACGACGACGACGACCGACGCCAAGAAGCGGCCGCUCGAGUCGCCGGACGAGGCGCACGUGGCCAAGAAACCGAAGGAAGAAGCGUCGCUCUCGCCGCCACUGGCGCUCGCAGAGCCCGAGACGUCGGAAGAUGGCCUCUUUGACUGUCCGCCCGAGCUGCUCAAGGACGACAUGAAGGACGACGACGGGCUGAACGGCUUCAUGGCCGACCUCGACGCCGACCUCGACGAGUACGACCCGGACGAGUUUGGCACGCUCCUCAUGACGGACGAUACAAUAUAAGUGAAGACGCGUGGUGUAGUUUUAUUAAGGUAGGCAAGAGAACAACGAGACAGACGACGACAUAACAACGUGUGUUUGAGUCUUAUCGUUAGGUCUUAUACCGCGACCAA